AUGAAAGAUAGGGUGCGAAGUGCACCUUUAAACAGGGUAUAUUUUGAAAAAACAGGCUUUGAACGUGUAAAGAAAAAUGGGAACUUAUCGGUGAAAAAGCGUUCUUUUGAUGUUCAUAAGAAGUGGGUUCAUGAUCUUUAUAAAGAAAAAAACGAGUCAAUUGCGUUAAAUGAAGGAAUACAUGAAAAAUUAGCUUUAAAUCCGUUAUUUCAACGUUUAAGUGGAAAAAAAGAUGUUGACAAGGAUGUGACGCUUGCAAAGAAUCCUUUAUUUGCACGGCUGAAUGGUUCUCAAACAGUAAUUAAAGGAUCGGCUCAAGGAAAGAGUUCAUGGACGAUUAAAGGCAUUUCUGGUGCAACUACAGUGAUUAUAUCUAAUCUUGUUGAAGGAACAUCAGCCGAGGAUGUAAAAACAUCUCUUGCAUCGUUAGGUCAUAUCCAAGCAUGUUCUGUAUAUAAAGUAAAUCAUGGAGCAUUAGUUCAAGCAGAAGUGACAUUUUCAUUGAGAUCCGAAGCAAACACUGUAGUAGAGAAAUUAAAUCAAGCGAUUGCAGAUGGCAAUGUUUUAACAGUUUAUAUUAAAGAGAAGUAA